AUGGCAAGUCAGACAAAAAACCAAGAUAAUUCAUUAGUUAAGGAAUCUAACAAUACUAAAGUUAUCGCCAAGAACAAAGCCUCUUCCAUAUCAUCCAAAAAAAAUGUUACUCAAGAAGAUAUUCGUAUGAAUGACGAAGAAGAUGAUGAUGAUGAUGAUGAUGACGAUGAUGAUAAUGAUGACGAUGAUGAAAGUGAUUAUGUUGAACAAUGGAUUGAUACAUUUUUAGGUAAGAAAAGCCAUGAAUAUUUUUGUGAUAUCGAUACAGAUUAUAUAACAGAUCGUUUCAAUUUAAUCAAUCUACAUAAAUUCGUAUCUUGUAGGUUCUCUACGGUAAUACAAUAUAUUAUUGAUGAGUUAGGUGAGUCUACUUUAGAGCGCAUGAGCACCAAAGAAUUGGAACUAUUAGAAGCAGAUGCAAACAAGCUGUAUGGUUUGAUACAUGCCCGUUACGUGAUUACUAUAAAAGGUUUAGAGAAAAUGUAUACUAAAUACAAGGAUGCAGAUUUCGGCAGAUGUCCACGUGUGUUUUGUAACUAUCAACCUUUGCUACCUAUAGGAUUACAUGACCAGCCGGAUAUGGAUUAUGUUAAGUUAUAUUGUCCCAGCUGCGAGGAUUUGUACACCCCCAAAUCCUCAAGACACAGUACUAUAGACGGUGCCUUUUUUGGUACUAGUUUUCCUGGGAUGUUUUUACAACAAUAUCCACAAUUGGUUCCUAAACAUCCAAUUGACAAUUAUGUGCCCAAGAUUUUUGGAUUUGAAUUGCAUAAACACGCUCAGUUGGCGCGUUGGCAGGAACUUCAAAGGUUAAAGCAUAUAAGCCACUUGGAAAAUGAUUUGAAUAUAAAUGUUACUGAUGAUCGUUGUUACGGUGGUUACAAGCUGCAGAAAUACAAGCCGGUCAAAUAUUAUGAAAAUGGGAACAGCAAUAAUAAUGAUGGCAAUAAGAGGAGAUAA